AUGAAACGGGACGAAUACGAGAGCAAAAUGCAACGCAUGAUCGACGAUGACGAAACGUACUUGAAGCUCAACCGAGAUCCAACGGCAGGGUACCAGAAACGCAACAACAAUUUCGCCAAGUGCCUGGCGGAUUUGAAGCUCAUCGAUCGUGCCACCGAAAGGAGGAUGAAAACCUACAAAGCGACAGCUCCCCGAAUAUACGGUGCACCAAAAGCACACAAGGAGGGACUACCACUGAGACCGGUGGUACCGUGCAUGACGUCACCGUCGUACACACUGUCACAGUUCGUAGGCAAAAUCAUUCAAAAAUCCAUCACCGGCAAGUACAAUGCGACGGACUCGUACACGUUCUGCGAGUACAUUAACAGCGUGCAACUGCCACCGGACUACGUCCUUAUUUCCUUGGACGUCGUGUCGUUGUUCACGUGUAUCCCCAAGAACCUGGUGAUACGUGACGUCAUCCACAACUGGGAAAACAUCAAGCAACACACCGACAUAAACUUAGACUUGUUCCUGGAGAUGACCGAGUUCUGCAUCGAUUGUAGCUACUUCCGGUUCAAGGGACAGUUCUAUCGACAAGUUUUCGACACAGCGAUGGGUAAUCCGCUAUCACCCACCAUCGCGGAUCUAGUGAUGGAGGCAUUACUAGACAACGUCGUUGCGAGAAUCGAUUUCCCGUUCCCCGUGUUGAAGAAGUAUGUGGACGACCUGAUGCUGGCAGUCCCCAAGGACAAGAUCGAGGAGGUGAGGAAAAUCUUCAAUGAAUACAACGAGAAAAUCCAGUUCACAGUGGAGGUUGAAGAAAACGGGAAAAUUCCCUUUCUCGACCUGCUACUGGUUCGACAACCCGACCAAACGAUCAAAACCGAGUGGUACAUGAAGCCAAUCGCCUCAGGACGGUUUCUGAAUUACCACUCGGCGCACAGCAUCAAACAGAAGGUAAACGUGGCGAACAAUUUCAUCCGCCGUGUCCAAACCUUCUCAACCAACGUCGAUACAGCCACAACACGUGACAUCAUCACCACCCAGCUCAAACUGAACGAUUACCCCACCACGAUGAUCAACCGCCUCAUCGAUCGAUCGAGAGAACGACAGGUUAACCCUACCAACGAAGACGUCACAGACAGCGAGGAAACGAUCUACCGUUCCAUGGUACAGGUUGGGCAGUUAUCGGGAAACAUUCAGAAAAUCUUGAAGAAAGACUACCCAAAUGUGACCAUUAGCUCAAAAAAUGCCAAAACCGUCGGUAACAUGCUGCCUCCGGUGAAAGACGUCGAGGAUAAAAACAGUAGAUCGAACGUGAUUUAUAAUAUCCCAUGCGCAGACUGUCCUGCGUGUUACGUAGGCAUGACGACGAACAAGCUGCAAACGAGGAUCUCUAGUCACCGCUCCUGUUCCAACCGGCUACAAAGCUUGUGGGACCAGGGCAAGACGACGGAGGACGUGGAGGUUGCACAGCUGCGAGAACGGACGGCGCUGCUAGACCAUUCGGCAGCCAACCAUCAUGUCUUCGCAUUCGAUCGUACACGAAUAGUGGAUUCUAGUUUUAAGCAACAGAACCUACACAUACUCGAAACAUGCCAUAUUGUAAACACACACAACACGGUCAACAAGCGCACAGAUACAGACAACCUCAGCAAUACGUAUGCCGGCGUACUGCACACACUGAGAAACAAUACACGAAGCGAGGCUGUCCGACAGACAGACGAAUCGUUACAACAAGAAUCAAUACAAUCAGAGUAA